UGCCUUGUUAGGAGACUAUGACGUUGGGCCGACAUUUAGACAACACAGUUGUUAUAUUUCACUCUUACUCCUUUUUAACACAGUUUUGCAUGUGCUACUUACUCUAUUUGCAUCUCUUUUCCCAGCUGCUGCCUGCAUUGACAUUUCAGGCUAAUUUGCAUCUGUGCUGAAUCUUGCUCUUGUUAAAAAUGAUCAGCUUAUGUUAGGAGGAGCCAGCUGAAGUAUGUGCGUCUUUGUGUGAAUCAGUGGGUGUCUCCAGCACAGGUGGGGAGCAGGAAGUGACAGAACUGGAGAGAUUAGUGUGUAUGGGACAAAAGUAAAAAGAAGAACCGGAGGAGAGGAUCAAUGAAGGGUUUUAUGUUCCCCUGUCACAUGCGAGUGUAACCAACAGCUUGCCUUCUGAUGUUCAACAUGUUCUCAAAUUCCAAUGUGUCUGAGGGUCAGCUACUCUGCCCACUGCUCCAGCUCAUGAGAGAAGACAAUUUCAACAACAACACAAAGGCAAAUCUAGUUGUGGUUUGCAUCCAUGGCAUCUUCUCCUGCCUUGGGAUUUUGGAAAAUGCCCUGAUCAUUUGGGUUUUGGGUUUUCGCCUCAGGCAUCGCACCGUGGCCUCUGUCUGGAUGCUCAACCUGGCGAUGUCUGACUUCCUGGCUACCCUGACUCUCCCCCUCUUCACCUUCUACCUUUACUCUUCCCACAGCUGGGAACUCGGACAACCACUCUGCAUAGCACAAACUUCCAUCUUUUUCCUGAACAUGUUUGUUUCAGCCUUCUUGCUGGCAGCCAUUUCACUGGAUCGCCUGCUUUUGGUGGCCAAGCCAGUGUGGAGUCAUAAUCACAGGUCGGUGGCAGGAGCUUGGAAAGUGUGUUCAUUGGGCUGGCUGUGGGCAGUGAUAAAUACUUUACCUUACUCUGUGUUUCGUUCAGUGAUUGAGAAGGCUGAUGGUAAUAAAUUAUGCUAUCAUGAUUUUGCUUUGUAUUUAUCCACUGAGAAAUCACUGGAGAAAGACUGCAACAUGAGACAGGGAGGAACAGCCAUCUCCAAGUCACUGCUAGCGUUCCUGUUACCUCUACUGGUCAUUGCAGGAAGUUACAUCAAAAUUGUCCUCAGCCUGAGAAACAGAAACAGAAGGAGAAAGCAGAGUUUGUGCAGACUGGCUGACACACAGAUUCUGCCAGGCUGUGAUGGACGUCCAGGAGUGUUUAAAAUAAAUUAUGUCAAGUCCAAAUUAAACUACCUGUCCCCUGUCAUCCCCAGUUCGUCAUAUCAGAGCAAGCUGUCUCAGAGUUUCACUAAAAUGGUGACGUCUGUGAUUGCCGCAUUUACACUGUGCUGGGCCCCUUAUCACAUCUUCUGCAUCAUAGAACUGACAGCCCAGUACAACAAAAAGAUUCUUAAAUUAGUGGAAGUGUGCCUUCCACUGGCGGCAACAUUCGCGUUUUUGAAUCCAGUUUUGAACCCUGUCCUCUACGUCUUUAGCUGCCCCCACUUUUGCGUCAGAAUACGACAGAGUCUGGGAGCGGUGUUUGACGGGCUUGUGGAGGAGGGCGGGGGUCUUCUGAUGACUCCAGCCAGGAGCUUGCAAGCUCAAAUUAGGAGGAGGAAGAGUCAAGACUCUAGCUCUGCACCACCAGGGUCACCAAAGUCUUCAUCUUCAUCUCGUCAGUCUCCUGGUGCAAAACCCAUCCUACCAUUGCGUUUGCUCUCUAAAGGUCAUAGAGACAGUCAAACGGAUCAAACAGGACAAGAGUUGGAAAAUGGGAUAGUGCAUACUUGAAACAUCAUUGAGCCCUUUCAGAUCAAGGUUUAUUAAACAAAUAUAAUCCCACUACUCUCAUUGAGAUACUAAGGCCGAAUCCUAAUUUACCCCUUGGAUGUUAUUAUUUUCCUCUCAACUGGGGUAGAGUCCCCUAAAGGGCUAGAGCAUCUCAAUUAUUUCUGUGGAGUAGGGGGGAUGCAAAUGGGAAUGGCCUUCACCCAUUCUUUGGAAUUCAAAUGUUUAUUAAUAUUAUUCUCUUCCAAAAGGAAGUGACCAUUUGGAGGCCUAAACAUAUACAAAAACUCACCAAAUGUGCACGUGCGUCAGUCGUGCAUGAAGUUUAAGUAUUUCUCGGGUUCCGCAAAAGUCGCAAUACAAAUAGCUGCACAGCACCCCCCUGAAAUCUUCACUGUCCUCAUUUACCUUACUUUAUCAAAGAGGUAUGGAAUUUGUACACUUGUGGGACUUCCCAAGACCUACACAAAACUCUCUUGCACCGAUACUUUCCAAUAAACAGGAAGAUGGCAAUCUCGUAUUGAAUUUGCAAUUUUUACCCCGUUUUGGCUGUUCCUAGCCUCUGCAUUUGAUCAAACUCCUCCUAGACAUUUUGACUAAUGAGCUUGAAAUUUGCUGAGUUUGCUCAUGAGGCCUGGGGGAUGUACAGUAAUCCAAAUCCUGACUUUGUGUGCAUCUCUAAGGGGCAAGGCUGACCUCUGACUUUGACUUCUCACCAGGAAAAACUAAAUUGUUAUAGCUCCAGCAAAGAAAGUCAAAGAGUCACAAAACCUUAUGUGACUGAUCCACAUCUGGCUCCCAACAAACCUCAUUGAUCAAAUGCUGACAUUACCUCCUGCUUAUAUUUAUACUAAUAAUUGUGGAAAAAAAUCCAAACCUCAGCCCGUGAAACAUUUGCAUUUUAAAUAUAGGCAGGUUACAGUUUUAGGUGUCUUGACAACUAUUUGGGUUGUAAGGCAACAAGCCCCAGUUAAGGCUAAAUGUAAUACCCUUGUGCACCCACUCAGUAUUGUUCUAUCUAUUUUAAAAUGUUCUGCACUAUGUGUUUUGCAAAAUUUUGUAAAUGUGAGCAAGAAACUUUGUACUUAAAUAGUGAAAAUGAAAAAGUGCAAUACAACUGUGUUUAAGAUUGUAAGCUGUUUGGCAAUUAGAUUCAGCAUGUCGUAUUCUGAAGUGUGACUUAUUUUUAUAUUUGUACAUAGUUGAUUUUUGUUUUUGUUUUCAAAAAGAUUUGUGUUACUUGUUUCAAGUCCUUCAAUAAUGGCACUAAGUAUCAUCACAUGCUAUAUGCUGUCCAUGGGUGCACCCUGGACAGGUUGUCAGUCCAUCACAAGGCAACAUAGAGACACACAGGACAGACAACCAUGCAAGCACACACUCAUAUCUGAGAGCAAUUUAACCAAUUAGCUUAACAUGCAUGUUUUUUUGACUGUGAGAGGAGGACCCAUGCAUGUGUAGAACAUGCAAAUACCGUGUAGAAAGAGCCCAGGCCAGGAUGUGAACACCGGAUCUUCUUGCUGCAGGCCAACCGUGCUAACCACUGUUACUUCCAGCCACCAGAGAGCAGAAUAAUACUGAUGACAUGAGCAGCAGUGAAGUGAUAAAGCAGGAUUAUGCUUUUCAGGUCCUGUUUUCCAGGAUCACUUCAAAUCUGAGUUGCUGAGCAUCUAACCCACUCUGAGUGAUUGGAUCUCAUCCUAAAUGAUUUUAAUUUUGAUUAACCAUCUCAUCACCACCAUUGCAGUUGUGGGGCUCUUUCACACUCUGUUGGACUCACACACAAACACAAAUACACAGGCUUUUGUACAAUGUAGGCCACAGCAGCAUGGGAUUAUCACAAAGGUAGUUCUAAUUUAAAUAGAAUAUUAGAGACUGAAGAUUCAGAGAAUAAACAGAAACCAGGAUUAAACCUCGGUCAGCUUCUACAUUCCCAUCAGAUAUCCCCUUCCAGCAAACUGCUGUCCUCUUCCUCUUCUCUAUAUUAAUCUUUCAUACUGUAUGUACAUGUGGAUAUUUGCUCAUAAUAAAAAUUCUGUGGUUCUAAUA